UUGACUAUUUCACGGAGUUCCUGGGAGUUUCAGCAGCAACGGUGGUUCAAUGAUAGUGAAUAAAACUGAGGGGAUAAAAACCUUUUCUCGAUCUGUGCAAUCUAGACGGUCUGUCAACUGAUUUGUACAGAGCUUAAUUGAGUGACUUAAGAAAACAUUGGAUGGGAUCAUCUUAGGUGUGUUGGGAACAUGGAUCCCGGACUUCAGUUAAGUUCAGACCGUAAUAAUGACGCUACAGCAACACAGUACCAGCUGGCCGUAACGGUGAAAGAAGAAGAUAUCGUAGAGGAGACAUAUGGGAAUAUAAUUGCAUUUCAACUUGAUGAAGAACAGCUUCAGUAUAGAACUGGAUCAGACUUUGCGGGGUCCAAAUUGAAGCCUGCUCAUACCGAGACAUUACAGACAAUAGCGGAGAUUGAAGUGAAGAUUGAAGACGAUGAUGAGCCCGAUGAUCUGCUGGAAAGUGCAUCAGAAUAUCCACACGGAACCCAACAGGAGACACAUGGACAGAGUGAUGAGCUCAGCCUGCAACUCAAAGGAAGACGGCACCACUGCACUGUGUGCUGGAAGAGUUUCAGGACCCUGAAAGCACUCGAGAAACACCAGCAAACACACUCAGUCAGGGUGAAUUUGACCACGUCCUCACUAGCUAGCCGCCACGUGCAGAAACACACUAGAGAGAAGCCUCGUAAAUGUUCCCAGUGUGGGAAAGUUUUUUCACACUCGUCAAGUCUUGCAAGGCACAUGCAUUCACACGUUGGAGAGAACUAUCAUAAAUGUUCCCAGUGUGGAAAAGGUUUUUUACGCGCAUCAUUUCUUUCACGCCACAUGCUCGUGCAUGCUGCAGAGAAGCUUUACGAAUGUUUCCGGUGUGGAAAAGGUUUUUCACACUCGUCAAGUCUUUCACACCACAUGCGUGUGCACAAAGUAGAGCUGUCUCGUAAAAAAAGACCUGUAGAGCAGCGUCAUAACUGUCAUAACUGUGGAAAAGCUUUUUCUCACUUCUUGACGCUUAAAUACCACAUGCUAACACAUACGGGAGAGAAGUAUCACAAAUGUGCCCGGUGUGGAGAAGUUUUUCCAUUUAUUUCAACUCUUAAAACUCACAUGCUCUUACACACUGGAGAGAAGCCUCAUAAAUGUGCCCAGUGUGGAAAUGCAUUUAGAAUCUCCUCAGAUCUGAAACGCCACAUGCUCACACACACUGGAGAAAAACCUCAUAAAUGUGACCAGUGUGGAAACGCAUUUAGAAUCGCCUCAGAUCUGAAACGCCACAUGGGCACACACACUGGAGAAAAGCCUCAUAAAUGUGACCAGUGUGGAAACGCAUUUAGAAUCGCCUCAGAUCUGAAACGCCACAUGGGCACACACACUGGAGAAAAGCCUCAUAAAUGUGUUCAGUGUGGAAACGCAUUUAGAAUCGCCUCAGAUCUGAAACGCCACAUGCUCAAACACAUUGGAGAAAAACCUCAUAAAUGUGCCCAGUGUGGAAACGCAUUUAGAAUCUCCUCAGAUCUGACACGCCACAUGCUCACACACAUUGGAGAAAAGCCUCAGAAAUGUGCCCAGCGUGGAAAAACUUUUUCACAAAUUUCAACUCUUAAAAACCACAUGCUAACAUACGCUAAAGAGAAGCCUCAUCAAUGUACUCAAUGUGGAAAAGGUUUUAGUCACAGCUCAAGUCUUUCACGCCACAUGCAUGAACAUAAAGGAGGGAAGCCUCAUAAAUGUGUCCAGUGUGGAAAACGGUUUUAUCAAAGUUCAGAUCUUAAUCGGCACAUGCGUACACAUACUGGAGAGAAGCCUUAUAAAUGUGCCCAGUGCGGAAAAGGUUUUACACAAAGUUCAACUCUUACAUGCCACAUGCUAACACACACUGGAGAGAAGCCUCAUAAAUGUGCCCAGUGUGGAAAAGGUUUUACACAAACUUCAAUGCUUAAAAAACACCUACUACUACACCAUGUAGAGAGACCUCAUAAAUGUGCCCAGUGUGGAAAAGCUUUUAGAACAUCCCAAAGUCUUCAACGCCACAAUCUUACACAUACUGGAGAGAAGCCUCAUACAUGUUCCCAGUGCGGAAAAGGUUUUACACAAAGGUCAAGUCUUUCAUGCCACAUGCUAGAACACACUGGAGAGAAGUCUCAUACAUGUCCCCAGUGCGGAAAAGGUUUUACACAAAGGUCAAGUCUUUCAUGCCACAUGCUAGUACACACUGGAGAGAAGCCUCAUAAAUGUUCUCAGUGCGUAAAAAGCUUUUCACGCAUUUCAAUUCUUAAAAGACACAUGCUCAUACACACUGAAGAGACGCCUGCCCAGCUUGGGAAAAAAAAUCGACAACUUUCUAGUCUUAAAAUUGUCGUGCUAACCCGCACUGGAGAGAAGCCUUAUGAAUGUUCCCGAUGUGGAAAAUGUUUUUCACACUCGUCGAGUUGUUAUUACCACAUAAGUCAGCAUCGCGUUGAGGACAAGAACCUCAAGAGAUCCCUAGAAAAUGCACACUGUUAGCAUGAAUCAAAAGCAGAACAAGACGCUACAUAUAUGUGCUUAUUGUAAAAAAGCUGAAAGAAAAGUCGGUAAACUCUAAUCCCCAAAGUGGGUGAUAUUAAUGGGGUUUCACUAUGUAACAAUGUAACGGAUAUGGUAAUGUUGGGAAAUAUGUCACCGUGUGUAGUGGCGCUCAACUUUAAUACAGCCCUCCGGAAUGCAUAGCUGGAUAGGUGCUCUAAGCCAUGGCAGAAUGCACACGACUUGUAUAAGAAACGCCCAGAUUUUGGGUUUGCUUCACCCUAAAUGCCUAACUCUCUUUAUCAUGCGUAAAUGACAGAUUUGAGUGAGGGGAAGAAUUUGCGCAGAGUGAAAUGCGCGUAGCUUUUUUUUUUUUUUUUUUACUUACGCACUCUUACCUGCAUGGGAGUAUUCCCCCUAAAGGAUUAUGAAUUUGAUAAUUUAUGUGUGGGCCUGCAAUUGCUGGUACAACCGUUAGAACCCAUAUGCUAAUACACAAAGAAGAAGAAAAAAGCAUAACCAGUGUUAAACAUACAUUAUGGUGUUAGCAGCAGAUGCCAAUUGUGGUGUUAGCAACAUAUGUUAACACCAUAAUUAUCUAUAUAUUGCUCUCUUUCUGUAUUUUUCUUUUUCUUAGAAAUGUGUUUGGUUACGGUUGAAAAAAAAAACCUUGGAAAAAAAUUGCAGAAUAAAAUGUACAGAUGUGUU